AUGGGCUUCAUGCAACGCCGCACUUUCAAGCGCCGCUGCUGCCGCGAGUGCGGCUCUGCUCUGCUACUGUUGGUGCUGGCUCUGGGCUUGGCUUUCUACGUGGUCUGGUACGGCUGGAACCGGGAUUUGAAGAGCUGUCACGGAGCCGGGAUCUGCGGCCUUCCAGAAGCCAAGCUGCGGAGGGUGGUAGGGCAGCUGGAUCGCAGCGUCUCUGGGGACUUUCCUGCGCCCCCUGCUGAUUGUGCGACCCCAGGUAGUCUGCAAUGUCCAAGUGAGAAAGUUCUGGAGGCCACGCUGCGGUCCCUAUCAGCAGGCUGGCAUGUGGAACUGGACCCUUUCACAGCUUCAACACCUUGGGGCCACUGGACUUCGGGAACGUGGUGGCCACACUUGACCCGGGAGCUGCCCGUCACCUCACCCUCGCCUGCCAUUACGACUCCAAGUUCUUCCUCCUGGGUCAUCCCUUUCGUGGGGCCACAGAUUCGGCGGUGCCUGUGCCUGCUUCUGGAGCUGGUCCAGGCCUUUGAUGUGAUGCUGCACAGAUUCAAGAAGCAGGCAGCACCGGUGACCCUGCAGCUGCUCUUCUUGGAUGGGGAGGAGGCGCUGAAGGAAUGGGGACCAAGGGACUCCCUUUAUGGCUCCCGGCACUUAGCUAAAAUCAUGGAGUCUACACCGCACAGCCCCGGUCCCACUAGGAUCCAGGCUAUUGAGCUCUUUGUCCUUCUUGACCUUCUGGGAGCACCCAGUCCAAUCUUCUUCAGUCACUUCCCCCGCACAGCGCGCUGGUUCCAACGACUGAGGAGCAUCGAGAAGCGCCUUCACCGUCUGAACCUACUGCAGUCUCACCCACAGGAAGUGAUGUACUUCCAACCCGGGGAGCCCCCCAGCUCCGUGGAAGAUGACCACAUCCCCUUCCUCCGAAGAGGGGUCCCGGUGCUCCACCUCAUCGCCACGCCCUUCCCUGCUGUGUGGCACACACCUGCAGACACUGAGGCCAACCUCCACCCGCCCACCGUGCACAACCUGAGCCGCAUCCUUGCUGUGUUCCUGGCCGAGUACCUGGGACUCUAG